AUUAAGGUUAUUUAAAAAUAAACAAAAAAAUCAACUAUGAACGAUUAUGUAUGAAUACUAAUACCACUGAUGAUGAAAAAUACUUUAUUUGUGUUACUUUGGCAUCAGUGACAAUCAGUAACAAGAAAAUUUUACAUUUUAUAUAUAAUAGUCUUUUGUCGUUGUUGUUGUUUCACAUUAUGACCGACAUUGGCUGGAUUAUUUAUUUAAAUUAUUGUUUUUUUUUUUUUUUUUUAACCAUUUACUUCAGGUAAUUGUUACCAAGCUGAGAUUACAACACUUAUUGCUCGAAAAUGUCCAUCUUUGUACAGGGAUGCCACCUUGUGGUUCAUAACUUCUCUGCAUGUAUUAUCCUUUGAUCUGGGCUAUAGUAGAUGGAUGGAGGUCUAAAAUAAACUUUAAAACAAUGUCACAUUACAUUAUUCUGUGUUUCUAUUCCAGCAUUUAACAAUUUAAAUAUAUAUGAUUAACAUAAUAUAAAUAAAGGCAUUUAAGUUAGGUUUCCUGUACUGUAUUUUAUUUUAACAAGCACAAACCUAUCAUGGUGAUCAGAUAUUGCAUUGCUCUUACACAACUUGAACUAUCUGCACUAUCACUUAUUUACAUUCAGUCACUGAAGCUGGGUCCUCUAGUCCUGUCACUCUAAAAUCCUUGUGUCAGAAGUGGGAUUCAAACCCACAACUCCAUCUGGAAAUCAGAAUGCUCAACACCUGUUGAGUCUGAUGCCUUAAACCACUCGGCCAUCCUGACACUACGGUCAAGCAGCGAUAAACUUGGUCAUUACUUCCUGGAUUGCAAAACAGGAAGUUUCACAUUUGAUUCUAAAUGCCUCAAAGAUCAGCAAGUGUCUUUUAAAAAAACUUUGUUCCUAUGUUUACAUCUUGAAACAGUGUGACGUUUAAGAACCAUUCUCUUCAUAUUUUGUGGAGGUGGAGUCUCGAGACUCCUUACUAAGAAAAGCUAAAUCAAAAACAAACUGAAAAUGACUCAAGACGAACACACCGUCAACAGUAAAAAUGACUUAUUAAGUACUAAGUACCUUUUCUUCACAUACUACUAAUCUGAAUGGAUUUUAAGUUGGGGUAAAUAUUGUUACUUAGUUGUGUUUAAAGAUGCCUAGACGUGAUGAUAUGACCAGCUUUUUGCAGCAGCCAGCGUCACUAUUUGACCAGCGUGUGGUGUCUAAAUUCAUGAAGAUCAGGCCAAAGGCCCUGGGGGUUUUGGAAAUAUCAUUAGGUAUGGUGAUGAUUGUCUUAGAAAUCUGGACAGGAUUUUUAUUUCUCCUCUGGUCAUGUCUAAUUUCAGUUUUAACUGGAUCUGUGACGGUAUCAGCUGCAUCCAAACGUAACAAAUGUCAGAUCUUAAUCUCGCAAUUUCUAAACUGUUUCAAUGCCAUAGCAGCUGUUAUCUCCGUCCCAUUUCAUUGUGUUGACAGUGAUGGCGUGACUCUGAUUCUCUUGGUUGUCUGUGAUGUUCUGGUCUUCAUUAUCUCUGUUAUUGUUGCCUCAUCUUCUUGUGACUGCUGCACGAAGAAGUCAAGAGAUGUUGCAGUCAGUUAUAUAAACAGAGAUGUGUCUUACAUGCCUGACAACAAUAUUAUGAUUCAGGGCCAACAAGGCCCUUUUGCACCUCCACCAAACUAUGAUCCAAGUCCUUCUGCACCUCCAGCAUACUACAACCCAAGUCCUUCUGCACCUCCAGCAUACUACAACCCAUGCCCUUCUGCACCUCCACCAAAUUAUGAUGCAGUCCCAUCGGCACCUCCACUAAGAUACGAUCCUGGUCUUUUAGAACCUCCACCAAGCUACAAUCAAGUCCUUCUACACCUCCAGUGAACUAUAAUCCAGGUCCUUUUGACAUUCCAUCAAACUACUAGGAAAACAAGGAGCAAUUUCUUGUCUGUUGUUGAAAUCAGUUGCUUUUUUGCUACAGAGCUUUAUUGGAGCUACCUAUUCACUUUUCUGGAUAUAAUUAAAAAAUUCUACCACAAGUCUCAUGCUAACAUGUUUAAGUGUUACUUUAAAACAGUGUGACCGUUUCAUAUUAACUUUUAUUAAAGGAUUAGUUCACUUCAGAAUUAAAAUUUCCUGAUAAUUUACUCACCCCGAUGUCACCAAGAUGUUUAUGUCUUUCUUUCUUCAGUCGAAAAGAAAUUAAGGUUUUUGAGGAAAACGUUCCAGGAUUUUUCUCCAUAUAGUGGACUUCACUGGGGUUCAAUGAGUUAAAAUUUGCAGUUUCAGUGCAGCUUCAAAGGGCUCUACAUGAUCCCAGAUGAGGAAUAAGGGUCUUAUCUAGUGAAACUAUUGGUUAUUUUCUGAUUUUUUUUUUUUUAUAUGCUUUUUAACCACAAAUGCGCGUCUUGCACUAGCUCUGUGAUGCGCCACGCAUUAGGUAAUCACGUUGGAAAGGUCACACUAGACGUAGGCGAAAGUACCAAUCCAGUGUCUAAAAGCGAACAUGCAAAGACUAAGUCAAACGGCAUUUAUAAAAAAAAAGGUAAAAUGACGAUGUCAGUCGAUUUUAAAGUUGGAGGAGAAAAUGAGUUUUUCACCCUCAUUUUCACCUGUACUGGAAGUACACUUUCAGGUGUACUUCAACCUACAUCACGCGUGACCGUUCCAACGUGAUUACAUAAUGCAUGGUGCAUCGCAGAGCAGUGCAAGACGAGCAUUGUGGUUAAAAAGUAUAUAAAUUUUUCUUUUUUUUAGAAAUUGUCUGAUAGUUUCUGUAAUGAUGGGUCGACAGCAUGGGGAUCCAUUUGCAGCUUUUAUUAAGAAUAGUGUAUACACAGGUAAGGGCAGAGGCAGAGACGUAAACGGGGACAGGCAAUGGUCGAGGCAGGCGGCAGACAAACGGUAUCAGGAAGCAGGCAGAGAUCAGGGCAGGCGGCAAACAAACACAGUCCAGUAAACAGGCAAGGAUCAAGGCAGGCAGCAGAGAAUCACAAGAGAUAAACAGUCCAAUCAGCAACAGUAUAACAAUCCACAGAAAACGCUUAGAAAUGAUCACCAGGGCAAAUCAAGACUUCGCAGUGUGUGUGUGUGUGCGUGCUGCUUAAAUAGUGUGAGUGUGAUGUGGUGCAGGUGUGUGUGCAAUCAGUCCCAGGAAUGAGGGCCUAUGGGAAAUGUAGUCCGAAUGAUGGUAUCAGUAUUCCGGUGAAGGCUCCCUCCGGUGGUGCGGGGAAGGAAGUGCGGGAGCCUCACUUGUGACAGUUUCGCUAGAUAAGACCCUUAUUCCUCGUCUGGGAUCGUGUAGAGCCCUUUGAAGCUGCACUGGAACUGCAAUUUGGACCUUCAAC